AGCAGGGUGCUGGUUCUGUUUCCACGUUUGAAGAUGGAAAACUUGAAUCAUCAGAAAAGUAUGAAACUUCAAAGCAAAAAGGAGGAGCAGACACAAGGGCUAAUGACUCAACAGAAGAACAUUUCCCGCCGAAGAUCAAUGAAACGAGUGUUGAAAGUUUAAAGCCCGAAGAGCAUCAAGAUCAUCCCAUGGAAGAAAACAAUGCAAUUUCUAAGGAAGCAGACACAAGGGCUAAUAAACUCAGGGAUACAAACACUGUCAUUGGUGAUCAAGCAGUAGACAUUGCUGUAAAAUCGAUAGAUACUAAUGUCGCAGCAUCUCACGACACAACCGCCAUUGCUGAAACAGAGGCUAAUUUAGAAGCAAAGCCAAAUGCUAAUAUUGCUAAAGAAGGGCCAGAAAUUAUUGCAGGCAAGAAUCUGACAACCACACCUGAGCUAAAUGAGGUGCACGGUGUUUCUCAUCUGCAGAAAAGUGACCAUGAACUUAACAUACAAAAGAAAGUAGAUGUGGAAGUGGAGGCAUCAUAUGAUGGCCGAGAGGCAAUUGAGUCAGAGCCACAGGGACUUCUAUCUCAUAAGGCCAGUAUUGAAGAAAGACAACCCUACUUUAUGCUUCCUGGUGAUGAUCAGACUGAGGAGAAAGGACAGAGCGCAAGCUCAGGAAGCAAUUUGUCUGUCAAAGCAGAUUCUGUCAUUGAACUAGAGACGUUGAAGAAGGAAUUGAAAAAGUUGGAGGCUGCACUUUUAGGAGCCGCUAGACAAGCUCAGGCAAAAGCUGAUGAAAUUGCGAAGUUGAUGAAUGAGAAUGAGCAGCUGAAAUCUAUUAUUGUUGAUCAGAAUAGAAAAUCAAAUGAAGCUGAAAUUGAGUGUCUACGAGAAGAGUAUCAUCAAAAGAUUUCAACACUGGAAAGAAAGGUCUAUAAUGUCACGAGGGAAAGGGAUACACUACGCAGAGAGCAAAAUAAGAGAAGUGAUGCCGCUGCUCUUUUAAAGCAAAAAGAUGAGAUAAUCACUCAAGUCAUGGCAGAAGGUGAAGCACUUUCAAAGAAACAAGCUAUUCAAGAAUCUACAAUUAGGAAACUACGAGCCCAGGUUAAAGAGUUUGAAGAGGAGAAGAAAGGGUUGAAAAGCAAGCUACAGAUUGAAGAGAACAAAGUGGAGAGCUUAAAGAGGGACAAGGCAGCCAACGAGAAGCUGAUCCAAGAAACAAUAGAGAAGAACCAGGCUGAACUUGCAAAACAAAAGGAAUACUGCAUGAAUGCAUUAGAAGAAAAAGCACUAGCCAAGGCACAAGCCAAUGACGAAGCCAGAGCUGAACUAGAGAGUCACCUAAGGGAGGCCAAGGAACGAGAAACUAUGUUAGUUCAAAAUUUGGAAGAAUUAAGACAAACUUUGAGCAAAAAAGAGCAGCAGGCAUUUUCUAAAGAAGAUAUGCUAAGAAAAGACAUGCAUGACCUCCAGAAACGGUAUCAAGAAAGUGAGCGAAGAUGUGAAGAGUUGGUUAUGCAAGUUCCUGAAUCUACCCGGCCUCUUUUGAGGCAGAUCGAGACUAUGCAGGGAACCACUGCUAGAAAGGCAGAGGCUUGGGUUGCAGUUGAAAGAUCACUAAACAUUCGACUUCAGGAUUCAGAAGCCAAAGCUGAAGCUGCAGAGGAAAGACACCGUUCUGUUAAUGAUCGCUUAUCGAAAACAUUAUCCCGAGUUAAUGUUCUUGAAGCUCAGAUAUCAUGUUUUAGAGCUGAGCAAGCACAACUAAGUAAGUCUAUCGAGAAGGAAAGACAGAGAGCUUCAGAAACUAGGCAAGAGUACCUGGUGCUAAAAGAGGAAGCUGAUACUAAUAAAGGUCAUGCAAAUCAACUUAAAGAAGAAAUGGCAGAACUUAAAAGAAAACACAAGCGAGAACUACAAGAAGCACGGACACAAGGUGAACUUCUCCGGCAGGACAUAGAACGUGAAAGAUCUGCACGUCUAGAACUAGAAAAGGCAGCCCGACCUCAGGUUUCUACUGUUCGUGGACAUAAUUCUAUGACCAAAACUAAAUCUAUCUCUGAGAAUGGCUUGACUCGUAGACUUUCAAGUGCUAGCAGCUUAAGUAGUAUGGAGGAGAGUUCCUUUUUGCAAGCAUCAUUAGGCUCAUCUCAUACUUUCUCUGACAGAAACCCCAGAGAGCCUGCUAUAAACUCGUAUUAUCUAAAAAACAUGACCCAAAGUGCUUUUCAAUCUGCUCUACGCCAAAAGGAGGGUGAACUUGCAUCUUACAUUUCUAGAAUGGCAUCCAUGGAAUCCAUUCGUGACUCGCUAUCUGAGGAGUUGGUUAAAGUGACCAAGGAGCGUAACAAACUAAGGUCAGAAGUGGCUCUGCUGCCUAGCAUUAAGGCAGAACUAGAAUCAUUAAGAGUCAGGCACUCUGCUGCACUAGAGUUGAUGGGUGAACAAGAUGAGGAGCUCGAAGAACUUCGUGCUGAUAAUGUGGACUUGAAGGAGAUGUACCGAGAACAAGUAAACUUUCUUGUAAAUAAGAUCGAGAAGGGUUCAAAUUGAUUUUUCUUCUCCCUCAAGAUCAUCAUAUUCAUAGUACAGAAUCAGAAAUUGAGCAUGGAAUCAAAUCUAGGCGUAUAAAUGUAAUAAUUAUUUUGUUGUAAUGAUCCC